UUCCAACCCUGUUGAUUCUGUGAUUCAAUGACUUGGCAGCUGGGUGUGAGCUCUGCAGCUGGGUUUGUUACACAAGAGCAGUUCUUGUUCCUCCUGUUUCAGCCUGAUGAAGGAGGGGGGUGGUGCCUUUGUAGGUCCUGGCAGCCCCAGUUUGGACAGACAGACAAUGCUCCUCUGUCAGGAGACACAUUAUUGUGUGGUUACAGUGGCUCUGGGUGCCCUGGGGAUUGAGAUUUUGGGUGUCCCAGCAACGCAAGAGGUUUCUGUCCUGGGAGGUUUCUCAUCAGGCUGUGGGUGGUGUCCACCAGCCUCCACCUGUCCCCACAGACCUUCCCUUCUCAACUCUGGGCUGGUGGAGUCCCGGACUGGUCUCUCUUUGCCACAGGGCUAAACUGGCUUUUUCUCACAGCCCAGACACGCACAGGAGCUGCUGCUGGAGGUGAGAACUGUCCUGCUGGAGGUCAAGGGAAGAGUUUAGUCCAGUCAGCGUGACUGGGAUUGUCAGUGCAAGUUCCUCUUCCUGUUUCAGGAACUGGGGGAAAAAAGAUUGCACCAUGUGGUAAAACCCCAGAUGAGCAUCAGCUCAGCCCUCUGGGCUGGUGGGUGAGUGGAGCCCGAGGGGUUCCUUGUGCUGCCCUUUCCUUGGUCUCUUUUCCAGAUGACCUUCUAUUUCUCGGACACGGCAGUGCUGCUCUUUGACUUCUGGAAUGUCCACAGCCCCACAGGUAGGCCCUGGGACACCCAUCCAUCCAUCCAUCCAUCCAUCCAUCCAUCCAUCCAUCCAUCCCUCCUGGCACUCUGGGAGAUGUCCAGGGUGGUGUCUAAAAGCUCAAUUUUCCCCCAAGAGCCAUUGUGGUUCCGGUACCACGUCGGGCAGACGCUGUUCCACGUGCUGCAGGUGGUGCUGGGCUACCUGGUGAUGCUGGCUGUGAUGUCCUACAACGCCUGGAUCUUCCUGGGGGCCAUCGCGGGCUCCACGCUGGGCUAUUUUGUGGUGUACCCCCUGCUCGGCCGGGGUUAGACCCCCCUGGGGCGGUGGGACACGGGCCCCCACCUCCUGCUGCUCUGUCUGGAAUAGCUGCUGUCACUUCUGCUGGCUCUGUCCCUGUCCCCUGUGCCGGGUGGGACGCAGAGCCCCAGGGACUUGCUGUGGGGCUCUCGGUGCUGGCCCCGCUGUGAGGGGGCAGUGCUGGGGACGGGGAGCCCCACGGCCAGCACUGCCACGCUGGUGGCUGUCCCCUGGCUCUCAGGGAUCUCUGGCCGGGAGGUGACAGCGAGGGGGUGCUGGGCAUUUCCUUCCCCUCCCCACUUUUCGAGGAGGUUCAUCCUGGCUGGAACGGGAAUGGUCCGGUGACUUGCUGGGGAAGGGGACACGCUGGGGACAGGGCCCCCUGCCCUCCUGCCCCAGAGCUGCCCUGCACCAAGCCCCUCUUCACACAGUGCCUUCUGGGGAUGCUGGGGGGUCCUGCUGCCCCUCACCCACCCCCCUCCUGCCAGUGCUUCAGGGAUGGGGUCGGAGCAGCCCCUGAGCCAGGGGGACAGUGCUGCUCCAGGUGCCUCCUGCUGCUUCCUCAGGACACCCCUUUUAAUAAAAUCAUCUCAGUCACUCUG